CAGACCUUUUGUUUGACCACGUUAUCUGCUUGUUACUCCACCUCCCACACCCUAACAACAGAGGGCAGGUAGACAAGGGCAGCACAGUUCCCUUGCAGGGUCAGUAGCUAUAUGAGCCAGACGGAGGAAGGAGUUUUUUUACUAAGACCAAGAACUCUUUUUCAUUUUCCCCCUGUUGAUGUUUGCUGUCAUACCUGUGACAACAUGUGCACUGGAAGGUGUUCACGUUGCAUUGCUGUGACUUUGUACCCGUUGGCACUCAUAUCCAUCAUUUGUAAUAUCGUGUUGUUCUUUCCUGAUGCCAACACCAAGUACGCCAAAGACGGACAUAUUACUGAGGAGGUGAAGUACAUGGGAGGUCUCGUCGGCGGCGGAAUCAUGGUGUUGCUGCCUGCACUUUACAUCCACCUGACAGGAAAACAAGGAUGCUGUGGGAAUCGCUGUGGGAUGUUCUUAUCGAUUGCAUUCGCAGCAGUGGGCGUGGCCGGGGCCUUGUACAAUUUGAGCGUGGCCGCGCUCGGUUUGAAGAAUGGUCCCCUUUGUAAAGUCCUCCUGAUAUGGAGCACACCUUUCAAAGACAGUGAUUACCUGACUGACGACACUUGGUGGGUGAAGUGCACCGAGCCCAGGAACAUUGUGCAGUUCAACACUGGACUCUUCGGCACCCUGCUGGCGUGUGGCUGUCUGCAGCUGGUCCUGUGUGCCAUCCAGAUGAUCAACGGCCUCUUUGGUUGCCUGUGUGGAACCUGCAGCAAAAAAACAAUCAUCUAGAAGACUGCGCUGACAGGUUGGAAUCUUGUUAGCUGGGGGAUUACUAUUCCAGAUGUCAGUGUCUUUUUGUUUGCAUCUUCCAUACGCCCUCUGCUGGUCCACAUGACUACUUCACUAAUUUCACCAAUGUCCUACUAACAUAGGUAUAAUUCACAUUAUUCCAUCAAUUGUUCAUUGUUUUGCAUUAGAAUGCACGCGACAGCAGUUGCAUUAAAACAAACACAAAGUAAUGCUUCUACAGAGAAAAGUUUAUUAAUUUUCUAACUACAAUAUCAAGUUUGUUAUAUAUAAUGUACACAAAUACUUCCAGCUGUUGGCAUUUUUGUUAAUAAAACAUCUGUUAAAAAUGAA